AUGACCGAGAGCAAGUCCACUACAUUAAUCCCGACAUGGGAUUGCAAAGCCCCGCUCAACGUCAACGAUUUCAACUUACGAGUCGAGACCAAGACCCCUCCUGUUGAGUCUGAGGUCGUUUCCGAAGCCUUAUUUCCAGUCAUCCGUAGCCAGAUUGGCGAGUUCAUUCGUCAAAGCCCAUCUCAUUUGGACUUCAUCAAUCCGGCCCUGAAGUCCUUCUCCAAGAAGGCAUUUGACGCCUCCCAUUCAAGGCUUGACGAGCUUGCCGCUUUUAAGUCAACGAUAGAGCAAAAGUAUCUUACGCGUUGCGAUGCUCAAAACCCGCUGCACUUUCUAACCAUGUGGAUGGCGCGCGCGUCACUCGCAAAGAUCGGGUUUGCACAAUACCUAUCAAACAACUCGAAGGGACUUGCGCAAGGAAGUGAGGAGCAGCGCAACGUUGGUCUUGGAUUUGCGCACCGUAUGCUUGAGUGCGAUACGCUGCUCAUGACCUCACCCCUCAUAGCAAAUUUCCGUUGGGUUGUCUACAUGCACUUCCCGUUCCCUGCCUAUAUUCAUCUCGCCCAAGAGUUGAAAAUACGCCCACUAGGCCAACUCGCAGAUCGAUGGUGGCAGGCAAUGAGCGAGAACUGCGCCGCUCGGUUGAUGGACUUCGAGAAAAAGGACAGCCCGGUGGAGACCAAACCCAACAACCCUUUCUUCACACUCUUUGGGGGGCUUGUUCUACAAGCUUGGUCGGCACGUGAAGCAAUAACGUCCGAACAAUCGGAUCCACCAGCUAUCGUGACGCAAAUCAGACAAAAGAUGGCCCUAAGGGACAAACUAGCGGCAGAGUCGCAAUUCCAGACGCCAGGUCUUGAUGAUCCACAAACGUCCGAGCUCAUUAGUUUGGACAGUCUCGGCUCCCAAUCGAGCGUUACCCGUGGCAGCAUGAAUCUGGGCUGUGUAGCUUUUCCCAUGGAACAAGCUUCGAUGAACUACAAUGGCAAUCCAUGGGAUUGGCCAAUGCCGGCUUGGGCUGGAAUGCCCGGUCAAGGCUGGUGA